GGUCCCGCCGGCCGGCCGCGCUCCCCACCUUGACUGCGCCCGCGCGAGCCAAGCGGAUCUCCACGAGCCGAACAUCCUGAGAGUCGCGCAGCGCCGACGGAGCGGACAUGGGUAGAGCGAUGGUGGCUAGGCUGGGACUGGGGUUGCUGCUUCUAGCGCUGCUCCUACCCACGCAGAUUUAUUGCAACCAAACAUCUGUUGCACCAUUUUCAAGUAACCAGAAUAUCUCUGCUGCCCCAACUCCAACUAACGCCACCAACAGAGCGGUUGGCAUUGCCCUGCAGUCCACAGCCGGCCUCCUGGCCGUCUCGCUUUCUCUUCUCCAUCUCUACUGUUAGAGACUCAGGCCAAGAACCGUCUCUACUUCCCCCAUCUUCUAGACCCACCCCCAAAUGGCAACCUCAAGUCCAGUGUGACCAGGAAGAAGAAGGUCCUCAUCAAAUCUGCUACUACCACACCGCAACAGAAAACGGAAUUCCAAAUUUGGUCGGUUUAAAGGACGUGUGAAAGGUCUGAGA